AAAAUGGAGCAAUCGGUUGGUUCACUGCAGGAACAAGCAUUAAAAAGGAAAGAAAGACUUAAAGCUUUGAGAGGUCGACAACUUCAAGUGAGAGAUGGAGAGGACGGGGAGCCAGACAGGAAGAGGGACCGGGCUGAGGAGGAAGCUGAAGAGGAGCGACACAGAGAGCUGAAGCUGAGGAACUACACCCCAGAGGAUGAAGAGCUGAAGGAGAGACAGGUGCCCAAGGCCAAACCUGCUUCAGUGGAGGAGAAAGUGAAGGACCAGCUAGAUGCAGCUAAACCAGAGUCAGUCAUUGAAGAAGUGGAUUUGGCCAACCUAGCCCCCAGGAAACCUGAUUGGGAUUUGAAGCGAGACGUGGCGAAGAAGCUGGAGAAGCUUGAGAGGAGAACACAGAAGGCCAUCGCUGAACUUAUCCGUGAUCGUCUGAAAGGCAGCGAGGAGGAGCUGGCUGGAGCUGUGGGAGCCAUCGGGGUCACAGCAGAGGGAGACUCAGACUGACCCCUUAAUCCAGAGACGGACCGCGCCAUCCUGGAUCUGACCCUACCAAUGUGUCUGUUCCUGUUCUGUACAGCUGAAUGUUUGUUGUGGGAAUCGGAUACUUUUGGUUUCCGUAGCUGUUAAAGCUACUGGGGAGUGUGAAUAUGCCAGUUAGAUAUGUCACCUUGAUGACUUCUGAAGUCUAGUCCUAGUACGUGUCACAAAUGACACCCUAUUCCCUGUAUAGUGCACUACUUUUGACAAGUAGUGUGCUAGAUAGGGAGUAGGGUGCCAUUUGGGAUGCAGAGCCUGUGGGGACUGUUGUAUACAGCUGUUGUAAGGAUCGUCUGUUAUUCAUGCAUCUUUUUAAUUCUAUUUUUCCAGUAAAAUGAUUUGGAUUUUCUCCACGUUUGUGUCUAGUGACCUUUUCUGCUGAGACUGUCAAAUAUUAUGUACAACAGACAACACAGAAUGAGUUCCCCCACAUUUGUAAAAUUCCAGAUUUAUUUGGAAAAUCAGCUGAAAACUGAUCCUUAACCAAUCAGAUUGUAAAGUGACCCUAAUCCACUUGUAUAAUAAGUUACUGCAACAGGAAAUGUAUUGCUACUCUACUGAAUUAAAAGUUACUAUUAAACCAAUAGUUGACUGUCGGGUUCAACUAAGAUGGAAAACAUUACAAUGAACAAAUAC